AUGGAAGAGGUUAGUCGUAAGAGUUUGGCUGUUUUGAUACGAGAGAAGGACUAUUUAGGAAUUGUGGACCAUCCUGAAGCAAGUGCGCAUGAGAAGUGUGUGGCUUUACUUGAACUGAAGCAGUAUGAGCAGGCUUUGCAUCUAGCUAAGAACAACUCAUUUGCUAAGGCUUAUUGCUACUACAAAUUAGGGAAGUAUGGAGCAGUGCUUAAGACGGCUAAACAUAAGAAAGGUGAAUGUUGGGCUAGUAUUCGUAUGCAGGCUUAUUAUGCCUUGGAUCGGUAUGAAUGUGCUAUAGCUGAAGCGGCGGAGUUACCACAGAGUGAGGCCGUUUUGGUUAAUUAUGCGGCUGCUUUGGGUUUAGCUGCUGCUGGCACGGGUUCUAAAUGGGUGAAGGAAAUAAGUGAGUGUAGUAGUCGGGCCCAGGGUUUGGAGGAGAAUAUGCGUAAUGAAGUGGCUUAUAACUUGUGUUUUCAAAACUUGCCUUAUAAGGAAAAGUUCGUGCGUAGUUUGAAAGCUUUGGCCCCGUCUGAUCCUGAGACGCGAGUUUUAGUGGAUUCACAAGUUCUGGCUUUGAAUGGGCAGCAUGGAAGUAUUCCGGCUGAUGGUUUGCUUCGUCGGAACCGUGAAAUUCUCUUCUACAACCGUGAUGGUGAGGAAGCGCCUACUCUACGUCGGGAAAUGAAAACCUUCCAAAGAACUAUCUACUAUCAAAACCGAAUCAAAAGCCACUUCCAAAAAAGUGCUGAUAUUCCUGAACUAACUGAAGCCCUAGAAGACUACCAUGCCGGUUGUGCCGACAGUCUUAUUCGGCUGGUAUCACGCAUGCCUCGUGCCAAUGCCGUUCAUUUAGAGGCUCUCAUGCGGCUCCAUGGCAUACCCACCAACCCACUUGCUCGGUACCUCAAGCACUCUCAGUAG